UGCUGAGACACGAAGGUUCGCAACUUUCCAAGGCACUCUACAGCCUCAGCUAGAGUUACAGUAUUUGAAUCUGCAUCUGCCAUUGCAUCUUCCUCGUCGCACUCUUCUUCAGGACAAACACUGGAAACAAUUUCCAGAUCUAAUGGUUCAGCACAGCAAAAACCAGCCGUGUGUAUGACGAAUCAUGGCGAAAGCUCUCAAAAUCUCCCUUACACUGGUCGUGCUGGGUUCACCUCCACCGUGCUCUUCAACAGAAUCUGCCGGGCCUAAGUGGCUGAGCGUCGAGGUGAAGAACAACGAGAAGCUAAAAACAUUGGCCCAGGACGCCCUCAGACAUAUGAAGAGCGAUGUCGACCGUCAUUACGUGGUCGUCGAGAUGCUGAGUGCCGAGACGAUGAAAAUAGACGAAGCGAGUGCAGCCAAAUACAAUGUGACAUACAAAGCCUCUCCAACAAGCUGCCUCAGCUCUGCAGUUUUCGAUGAAGCAACUUGCAAACCGCUUGCAGAAAAGCCUGAGAAACAGUGCAGCACAACAUUCUUCGAGGUUCCUGCGGAAGAAUUUUAUCAGAUACAGAAAAUGGAGUGCUUUGAGAUAUACUACGAAAAAUGAAACUAGUCCAGAGCCAUUCAAAAAUGUCUGGGCGUCAAUGAAGAGUUCUACACAAUGCAUGUAAUAUUAGCCAUGAUGUACCUGUACAGUGCACUUGCGGCACACCUUUGUUUUAUUGUAGGCCUUCUUCUUGCUGCUAUUUUCGUUAAUAACUCUGCAAAUGUAUGCAAAAUAAUAGGGCGGCCUGAAAUUAUAGCAGAACUUAUCUUACAUUCAACGGUGUUUUGAAGUAUGUAGCAGAUUAUUCGUAGAGCAUCGCUAAAACAUUUUCAUGUGCCUGUGCAGCAGGUGCUAUGGACAUCUUCAGCAGACAGCCUAAAACGGUGAUGAGGUGAAAUGAGGUUGCGUAGAAACGUACAGGAUAAAUUUAGCAGAAGUAAAAGGUGAGUUAUUGUAAUACUAAGACUGAACCAACGACGCAAGGAUGCUUUCAUCGCUAUUCGUCCCUUCAACGCAGUGGACACUAGAUAACGAGUCGCAGUCGUAGUCGCAUUGAUAAGUUAAUUGCUAAAGAUUUGCUAAGUUUUCAAGCGCUGAUUGCGAGGCCCAUGUUCCAGUGGCAGUAUCGUGGAUGAACGGGGCAGGAUACUAGAAUAAAUAUGGAUGGAUGGAUGGAUGGAUGGAUGGAUGGAUGUUAUGAGCGUCCCCUUUGGAACGGGGCGGUGGGUUGCGCCACCAAGCUCUAUUAUACUGCCUAAUGUCCUACCUAGGUUAAACAAUAGCGCAAUAAGCAAAUAACCCAAUUUUAAAAGCGCCAUCUGUUGGUGAGAUUAUUUGUCGGCACAAGUUCACCUUUUCCCCCCUCAGAUUUAGAAACCGGGCACAAGGAGAGAGGCAGCUAUAGAAGCACUUUCGAACGUUAUUCGACAAAGCGUGACGAAAAACAGCUCCUACUAAUAGCCUGCCGAUCGAGGCAGCCAAUACGUCGUCGCGCACUGCUACCAUAAGCGGAGGUCGACCACCGACAGAAACUUCGCAACAAGUCUGAUGAGGUGGUGAAGUCGGGGAAUUAAAGAAAUCUAACGAGGCGGAAAGCAGCGCAUCGAGAGGACUUCCCGUGCUGUUCGUGCCUAAGGUUCCGAAAGUGAAAAAGAAGUGAAUUUUCGUUGACGAAUGCAUUAACGGCAAAUGAAGGAAUUAAAAGUGCGUGCGUACAUUUUUUCUGCCUACUGCAGUACUGCAUUUGCAGCAUGGGCCUUAAGUUAAUUAGCGAAUGGGCGUUGACGACUGCUCGCCCAUCGGGUGUCCGCCGCGCUAUAGCAAUAAAUAUCGAACGACGCAUCCUCGAAUUUGUUAAUCCCUUUCUUUAUUAAACACUUUCAAAUUAAGAAGACUCA